CCAUACUAUUAUCCCUCAUAAAACUCACACACUCUGCUCUAUUUCUAUAAACAAAAGCAAACUCAUCACUGCUAAGUGCUAACCCUUGCUUGGAGCCAAUGGCCUCGGUUUGCAUAUCAAACUGCAUCGAAGACACCCGUGUACCAGUCCGACCAACCUACACCAACCUCUACAAAUGGCCAGAAUCCGACGCCGAGUUCGUGAGGUCCGUAAGCUCUAAUGGGCACCGUGCUGCCGGGGCGCGUCCGCACCCUACAGUGGUGGACAGCAUUUCAUGCAGGCAAAUGUUCUUGAGGAGCUACACUUUCUCUAGGAAAGAGAGUGUCCCCGAAAAGACCAAGAAGUGUUUGGAGAAAGUAAAGCUGAGAAUGGCUUCUGGAAAUAAAAGCAAUAAGACAAAGAGUACUACUAUUGAUGAGAAGAAAAGGCCUGGCCGUGGAGUGUUCAUGAAGGCUAAGGAGGGUUCAUGCAAUGCCCUGUUCACCUUCUUCCGGCGCUUGCUAUUUUGCACUGCCAAGGUUGAUGUGGUUGAUGAUAUCUGAUUCUAUGUUUUUGGUAAAUUAUAUUUUAUCCACACACUUGAUUUCAUUUUCAUUGUCCACAAACUAUUGAAUAUUGAUUUGCCCGAUUGAUACCCUAAUUUGAGAGAAUUGUAUGAAUUUAAAUUAAGUGUAAAAUAAGACAAAAAUGAUGGGUUAUUAUAUAUAUGCCCAAUUUUUGUCUUAUUGAAUACUUAAUUUGAAUGACAGAAGGCACAUAGAUAAAAGUCUUUUAAUUGGGGUGUUAAUCGAACAAUAUAUAUAGUUUGGAAAUGGGACGAAAGUUUUGAGUGGAAAAAUAUAAUUUGCUUUUUUUUUUUUUUUUUUUUAAUUAUAAGGAAUUUUUAUAUUUUUAUUUAUUUUUCUGUAAUGUUUAAUUUUCUCUAUUGGAAGUUGAGUAUGGGGUUGGGGAUCGAAAUCACUGCCACUAUGUUUACAGAGAAGAAAACACAGCCUUCUUUUUAUAUAAAUUUUGUUGAGAUAUA